AUUACAAAAGAAAACUCUGUUAUAUCGUAUUGUUUAGACGAUAUUAUUUCAUUUUCCUGUGUGGCCGAUUUGGGGGAUAUACAGCCCUGUAUGGAUAUCAUGAUGACAAGAUCAUCUGUUGUCCUCGUCCAAGGGUUGCUGUUGGUGGUAUGCUUAAUUGUUAACAACCCAGUACAUGUCUCUGGCCUUGUGGAACCACUGCCUAUGCCAAACAUCCUUAAAGACUGCUACAGGUAUCGAACCCAAAUUCUUAAUGUCACCGACAUGCCGGCCCACGAAAUCAGCGCUUUUUGUGUCUCCAAUUUCCUUUACAAAACCUAUAACUUACGUCCUCAAAGACCUAUUGCGAAUGAGACAAUUCAGUAUGCCCAGGAACUUUUUCGUCAAGUGUUUGGAGACGCUCAGAAACAUCACAGGAAUAAAAGACAAUUCAACAGAAGAGUUCGACGGGAAGUCCGUAUGAUGACUAGGCAGAUGUGGAAUACCUUCGUAACGAGAAUUAACUUAUUAAAGAAUCAAAUGGUCGGCCCCAACAUAAGCCGAUAUGACGCGUUCGCUGAUAUUCAUCGUUUGGUAAUAACUUCAGCACACGGAGGUCCAAACUUCCUCGGGUGGCAUGCCGUGUAUCUGAUAUUAUUUGAGCGAGCUAUCAACUUUCCGGUCCCAUACUGGGAUAGCCGACUCGAUUUCUACAUGGACCAACCUACGGAAUCAAUUUUGUGGACCCCUGAAUUUUUCGGGGAAGGAUUUGGUGCCGUAACAAACGGCCCAUUUGCCAACUGGUAUACACCGGACAAUGUACCACUCACUCGGAAUAUCGGUAAUGCUGGCACCCUGAUCAGUGACGCUAAUGUACAGGCGGUCCUCACGCGGAGACGGCACAGUGAGAUUGUUGAACCCAAUCCUAAUCCACAGUAUAGUCUGGAGAUACACCACAACGGCCCCCAUGUCUGGGUCGAUGGUCAACUAUCAGCUGCAGCAACAGCAGCUCAAGACCCAGUAUUCUUCAUGCAUCACUCGUUUGUUAACUACUUCUGGGUGUUAUUCCGGAGGAGACAGAGAUCCUUAGGCAUUGAUCCUGCUAAUGAUUACCCCCCAACUAAUGUUCCACUUCACCAGCCUUUUGACCGAAUGAUUCCCUUCAGCCUCAGAAACAUCAAUGGAUACAGUAACCAGGUCGAGGCUUUGUCAACAUAUCAGCCAUCCCCAACAUGUCCUACCUGCGGCGGAAGUUCAUAUUUAGAAUGCGUUGACAGCAGGUGUCGCUCCCGUGUAGGACUUAUUCCUAGGGGCCCAGCAGCAAUGGCUGGUAUGGGUGGUAUGGCGGCGGGGGCUCCAGCGGCAUUCAUAUCGCCAUCGGCUGGUGGACAAUCUAGAGCACAGCAAACAAUCGCACAAACUGGACCUCUGCCAAUAGGAAAUCGUUUUAGCACACCUUUCCGAGAUCCCAGAACUAGAGGGGACACUAUCCCUAACGCUCCUAUCAGAAAUAGAGGGAAACGAAGUAUUUCAGCAAAUGGAACAUCAUCAGGAACGAAUUCCCGUUUUGAUACUACGCAAAUCAACAAGCCUUACCAAAACACAUUUCUUCUGAACGGCGUAAGCGAUGUCAAACGUUGGUCGUUUAUACCCGUUAGAAUAAUAUUUGAAAGGACUCCGAAAUCAAAAUUCCAGUCUUUCAUUAUAAAGGAUGGUCAUUUGGUGGAGACAAAUGACAUGUUCGAGGCACAAAAAUAUAAAGGACUGAAAGUUGAAAUUAAGAAGAAAAUGCCAGCAACAUAUAGCAAAUGUCAUGUUUCCGGUUCCGGUGCGUCCAAGGUUUACGUCCAGACCGACGGUAUUGACUAUUCCGGCAGGUACAAGGACUAUGCUGUAGUAGAUGAGAGACUACCUAUCUCGUCAUCUAUGACGUAUGUUGGGGUAAAAAAUCCUACUGAAGGGGCAGCACAGUUCUACAUGACCGCGUACGACUCCUGUGGACGUGUUUGUAGACCCCAGUGUCUCAGGAACGGAACUUACCGACCAUGUUCCGGAACCUUCCGAAUAACCUCUUCAUAUCCACGAAUGUACGGACUUUCGUAUGAGGACGCGGUCAAGGGGAUUUGGAAGAAAGGAAGCAAUCUGCUACCAGAAAGCAAUUCAGAUGAAGUACCUAUUACAUUCUUUUGCGACGCGUACAUGACAUGGCCAUGGUACUUUGAUUAAGAAAAAUUGAGCGUUACCCUGGUAACAGCCAAUACAACGUCACAACUAUAGAUAAUAAACAGAAAUUUUACGGAACUUUUUCUUAUAAAUGCUUUUCUUAGCCAUGAUAGUUUAUUUCAUGACAAACUGUUUAAAAUCAUUAGAGAGUUUGAACAGUUUUGUUGAAAAUUGACGUGUUUUACGGAUAUAUAGAUGAAUAGGAGAUCUUUGAAACGAAAUCAUAAAAGAAAAUAAUAUACAUAUACGAUUAUAAGUCUACAUAUCACGAAAAGCUGUUGCUGACAAUAUGGUUGUUCUGGUUUUAAUAAGUUGGCAUAGCAUUAAAAAUAUAUGUUUAAAUUGACAACUGUUUGAUUCUUCGUACACAGGCAAUAUUCCUUCACAUGAAAUUCACAUGAAAUUCACGUGAAAAGGGCAAAAAAGUGAAAUUUCAAGUGAAUUUCACGUGAAGGAAUAUUGCCUGUGUUUGUCAGAUUUUUUCUAUUAUGUUUUAAAAACCAAACUAAAAAAAUGUUUUAUAAAGUCGUUAUUGAUUUAUACAAUUAUUUCAGAAGCAUUAUAUAUAAUGGUUUCAUUGAUAAAGAUAAUAAAUAUUAAUAAAAGUGGGUACUUAUUUCGAUCAAGAAUUAAA